ACGUAGAAUCAUAUAUGUUUUAAGAAAUUUUUUUUCCGACCAAAAAUCGACCCGUGGGGGACCAGGGGCAAAAUUUUGGAAAAACAGACCUGAGGGGGACCCUAGGGGGAAAAAGCUCAUUCCGAGCCAUUCGAAUGGCUCGGAAUGGAUUGGAAUGGAUUGGAAUGGAUCGGAAUAGAUUGGAAUGGAUUGGAAUGGAUCGGAAUGGAUUGGAAUGGAUCGGAAUGGCUAGGAAUGGAUUGGAAUGGAUUGGAAUGGAUUGGAAUGGAUUGGAAUGGAUUGGAAUGGAUUGGAAUGGAUUGGAAUGGAUUGGAAUGGAUUGGAAUGUCUGAGUAG